ACUGAUGAAAACAAGCUUCAGUAUAAAAACUGAAAAUAUUCACAUCACUAUUGUUGUCAUAAUUUAAUAAUAAUCCUGGUUUGAAUUUUAAAGUAAAGCUUUGAAAUUUGUUCAUGCAUGACAUCAUUUAACUAAAACUUUACAUAGAUUGUAAAUAAUGAACAAAAAACAAAGAUGCAAAAUAACAGAAUAAGAAAAUGAGUGGAUUGAGUCAAACAUUAAAUCUCUACUCAUCAACAUGUUCACACGGUGGUGGAGGAAUCAUGGCUGGGGAUUCUGCAGCUUCUGAACAUUGAAGUCACUAAGUUAACUUAACAAAAGUAUAAAAUAUACAACAAGAAUGGAGGUUUUGCAGUGGCCCAGUCAAAGUAAAUGAUCUGAGGUUUUGGAACUGAUGUAGUAACAUUUUAAUCACUACCUGUACAGACAGAGACCUGAUCGCAUUCAACUGUUUCCGAAGGAAAUUCAACUGGAACGUUUUUAAAAACAUGUUAAAACCAACAGAAGAGCAAUUUCGACAUCCAUCCAGCAGGGGGAGCUGUUCGGCAGCAAAUUCGCUGACUUUUCAUUUGAGAAACGUCUCAUCCACUUUCAUUGAUUUACAGAUAAAACGCAUUAGCUUUAAUUGGACUGCAGAUUGAAGGAGAAAGUUCUCCUGCUGACUGAACAGAAACGGUUUUAACGGAUCUGGCAUCAAAUUCUCCACAAAAACGUUUGUUUUUUUUUGUGUGUGUUUUUUUUUUUUUUGUAUAAUUUGGAAACCAGAAUGUGCAGAAAUCCUGUUAAUCCAUUCAGGAAAACACUAAAUUAGCCUUUUAAUUAAGCUAAGGAGUGAAUUAAUGAUUGAUUUGAGUCCAGAUCUUCGAUUUUUAGAUGGAGUUGCUCGUAAUUUGUCCGAAUUGCCUGUUGGUUCGGGUUGCUGCACAUCCUGCUGGGAUAAACUGGACCCGGUUCAGCACCACGGACAGCAACUCGCUGCUCAUAGUUCACAGAAACAAACAAGUAUUUUGUGUUUUAUUUCAGAAUUUAUCAUCUAUUUAUGUUUUUUAUUUUUAUUUUUUUCUUCCAGCCGAACUUUCUGCAGCCGCUGCUGUUUUGUGUGAAAACUGUAAACCCUCCUCGAUGAGUUCUGGGAGAACAAAACCAUUGUUCCACCAAACAGCCGGAGUUCUGCUCCGCCUGCAGGGCGGAGACGCGAGGUCCAGUGAGGAGGAGGAGGAGGAGGAGGAGGAGGAGGAGGAGGAGGAGGAGGAGGAGGAGGAGGAGGAGUCCAGCGGUCAGUGUCCGGCUUUGUGUCCGGAGACACGGCCCGGCUGCAGCAGCCGCCGCGCCCCGGAGGAGAUGGAGGAGAAAAGGAGCAGGAGGAAAACUUGAAGCAACAGAGUGACUGAAUGAACUGGGCGUCAACUGCUGAGGAUUUUAUUAAAAAGGUGAUCAUUGGGCCUGACAGGAUCCCGAUCGAACCGAGCCGGUAACUAUGGACCAGAUGGCAGCGGACAAGGUGAAGCAUCCGGAUCCAGACCGCAGCGACAACCCGCCGCAGAUCACCGCGGAAAACUGCUACGAGCUGCUGGAAGAGGCGAAGCGCGGCGGCUCCGAGCGCGACAAGCAGCGGCUGCUGGACUUCAUGAGCGACCACUACCUGCAGGUGCUGCGGAGCCCCGCCGUGUUCGGCCGGCUCACCGCCGCGGAGCGGGAGCUCAUCCUGACCCGCAGGAUGGAGGGGCGGAAGGUGCUGGCGGUGGCCGAGACCUCCGAGGUGCUGGACAGCAGCCGCCCGCAGAGCCCGCAGCGGGAGGACCCCGCCCCGCGCCGGGUGUUCUGCCUCCACCCGGACUCCCAGCGCUGGGAGCUGCUGACCGUCCUGCCGGAGGAAGUCCCGGCUAAAGGCUCCGGGAUGUGCACCCUCUACAACUACCUGUUCGUGGCGGGCGGGAUGGGGACACAGGACGGCCGCUCCACGGCGUCGGACCGGGUGUUCUGCUUCAACCCGCGGACCGGCCUCUGGAGCCGGGUCCGCCCGCUGACGCAGCCGCGCUGCCAGCUGCGGCUGGUGUCCAUGGACGGACACCUGUACGCCAUCGGGGGGGAGUGUCUGUUCACCGUGGAGCGCUACGACCCGCGCGCGGACAGGUGGGCUCACGUGGCUCCGCUGCCCAGAGGCUCCUUUGCGGUCGCGCACGAGGCUGUUGCGUGCGGCGGCGCGCUGUUCGUGUCCGGCGGCUCGCUCUUCUACCGCCUGCUGCGAUACAACAGCCGCCGCGACGAGUGGGAGGAGUGUCCGUUCAACGAGAGCCGGCGGCGCUCCGCCGACAUGGUGGCUCACCGCAGCCUCAUCUACCGCUUCGACGUGGAGCGGGAGCGCGCGGCCGUGAGCGUGUACAGGUACAACACGCUGGUGAAGGUGUGGCUCGGCGGCGCGCGCUUCCCGCUGGACAACCCGCAGCCGUUCCGCUGUGCGGUGCUCGGAGACCGCAUCUACUGCGUGAGCCGCGGCCACGCGCUGCAGUUCGAGGUGCGUGAGGAGCGCGAGGGCUUCCUGUCGGAGGUGCUUCCGGGUCCCGCGGAGGCCCGCGGGUCCCUGGUACCGUUCGUCCUCAGUCUGGACAAGUGACCCGAACCGGGUCAGCCGCGGUGCCUUCCGGUGAUCCCUGCGAGGUUCGAGUCCCAGAUCAAUAAAAGUAUCAGUUCAUUUAAUCAGUACUUCAGUUCAAAAGUGCAAUUUGUAAAUUAAAUACAUUCACUUUGAUUAUUAUUGCUUACAACUAAUAAUAACAUAUAUGUGUUAAUUAAUAUUCAUUUGGUUUAUAAAUUAUCUUUACUGAGCAGAAAAAGGAGAAUAGAAUGAAAUAUAUUGGAAAUAUCUUUUAAAAAUGAGGACAAACAGAAAUAAAUAAAGACAAUAUCAAGAAAUAAAGUAUUUAAAUGAAACAAAUAAACAAAAAUAAGUUUUAUAGAUGAGACGUCACACACAGGGACUGCUAGCUUAGCAUAGGUUACCUGUUUAUGAAAAUAUUAAGAGCCUUUUGAGGGCUGAAGAGCCCAAAACCUCUCAGGACCGCAGUGAGGUCACUGAUCCUCAGUCAGAAACAGGAACUCAUAAAUGUUUCAACAGAAAUGUGAGUCUUGUUCUGUUCCCACUGAGUUAUCGGUGGAAUAAAACCUUUUGGAUUUUUCCUGCUCUGGAGCACAAAGGUGUGUCAACGACAUCCAGGGGAAAAGACAACCAGCAAUGCCUUUGGAGCAGUGGUCCCACCCUGGUCCUCGGGGGCCCCUGUCCUGGGGGGCCCCCGGGGGCCGCUGUCCUGGGGGGCCCCCGGGGGCCGCUGUCCUGGGGGGCCCCCGGGGGCCGCUGUCCUGCAUGGUUUUGAUGAGUCCAGACUCCAGCACAGCUGAGUCACAUGAUUUCUUUACCCCCUUUGCAUUCCUGCCAUUGCAGUAGAAGUCUGUUAAUCACCUGUUCAUUUAAUCCAGGUGUGCAGCAGCAGGGAAACACCUAAAACAUGCAGGGCAGUGGCCCCUGGGGACCAGGUGGGGGCCACUGCUUUAGAGAAGCAACUGUUGCUGUUCAUCAAUCUUUGAAAUACCCUCCAAAAUCUACUGACAGGUUUCAGCUAACUGACUUCGGACGGUGCAAACUAAGAGAAAAGGUAAAGAAAAACAGGAAGUCCUCUGCAGGCCUCGGUGAGAAGGUUAAAGGUUAAAGUUCAUGACAAGAGAAUUAGAAGCAACUAUGACCUGUUUGGUUUUUUACCUAAAUGCUCAGAUGCUGGAUGUGGGACGAUUUGGUCAAACCUGAGGCCUUUUGUGAUUUUUUUAAAGUUUAUUUCACAACUUCAUACAACUGAAGCACGGUGGUGGAGGUGUGAUGAUCUGGGAGUUUUUUAGAUUAAGGGCUGUUUCUGCUUCCUUUCAGAUUAAACUAAAAUGAAUUCUUAGUUUUCAAGUCUUUGUAAAUCACCUGCUGAAUGUUUCUCUGUUGCACCUGGAAAAUAA